GGGAGAAAACAGGAAUUUCUGUGUCUGGAUUUCUUGACGUAGUUUUCUCUCCCCUCUCUAACUUCUGUCUCUACCCAGUUUAAACUCUUAUAACAUAUAACAAAAAUGCAGAGAUUGUGUUUAUGAUUCCUUUUCAUACCUAACGGAUUCUCUCCACCUCACAAAAACAACCCACGCCAUAAACUUCCGUUUCCGGUUACCUAGUUGCCUUGGAAACUAGCACGCGCUACAGUUUUGGCGGCUAUGGCUUGGCAAAGCAGCUCUAAAGUGCCCGACGGUGAGUUCACGGCGGUGGUGUACCGGCUCAUCCGCGACUCCCGCUACUCAGAGGCGGUGCAGCUGCUGGGCGCCGAGCUGCAGAAGAGUCCCCGCAGCCGCGCCGGGCUGUCGCUCCUGGCCUACUGCUACUACCGCCUGCAGGAGUUCGAGCUCGCUGCAGAGUGCUAUGAGCAACUGAGCCAGAUGCACCCAGAACUCGAGCAGUACCGCCUCUACCAGGCCCAGGCGCUGUACAAGGCCUGCCUGUAUCCAGAGGCCACGCGGGUCGCCUUCCUCCUGGACAACCCCACCUAUCAGACUCGUGUCCUUCGUCUCCAGGCUGCUAUCAAGUACAGCGAGGGCGACCUGACAGGAGCCAGGAGUCUGGUGGAGCAGCUGCUGAGUGGGGAAGCUGGAGAAGACAGUGGAGGGGAAAAUGAUCCAGAUAGUCUGGUCAACAUGGGUUGUCUGCUCUACAAAGAGGGACACUAUGAAGCUGCUUGUUCCAAGUUCUUAGCGGCCCUGCAAGCUUCUGGCUACCAGCCUGACCUUUCCUACAACUUGGCUUUGGCAUAUUACAGCAGUCGGCAGUAUGCCCCAGCUCUGAAGCAUAUCGCUGAUAUAAUUGAGCAUGGCAUCCGUCAGCAUCCAGAGCUAGGUGUGGGCAUGACCACUGAAGGCAUUGAUAUUCGAAGUGUGGGCAACACCGAAGUCCUUCACCAGACUGCUCUGGUUGAAGCCUUCAACCUCAAGGCAGCCAUAGAGUACCAACUGAGAAACUAUGAGGUAGCCCAAGACACCCUCACUGACAUGCCACCCAGAGCAGAGGAAGAGCUGGACCCUGUGACCCUGCACAACCAAGCUCUGAUGAACAUGGAUGCCAGGCCCACAGAGGGCUUUGAGAAGCUCCAGUUUCUGCUCCAGCAGAACCCUUUUCCCCCAGAGACCUUUGGCAACCUGUUGUUGCUCUACUGUAAAUAUGAGUAUUUUGACCUGGCAGCUGAUGUCCUGGCAGAAAAUGCCCAUUUGACUUACAAGUUCCUCACACCCUAUCUCUAUGACUUCUUGGAUGCCAUGAUCACUUGCCAGACAGCUCCUGAAGAGGCUUUCAUAAAGCUUGAUGGGCUGGCUGGCAUGCUCACUGAGCAGCUCAGGAGACUCACUAAGCAAGUUCAAGAAGCAAGACAUAACAGAGAUGAUGAAGUUGUCAUAAAGGCUGUGAAUGAAUAUGAUGAAACUCUUGAGAAGUAUAUCCCUGUACUGAUGGCCCAGGCAAAAAUCUACUGGAACUUUGAAAAUUAUCCAAUGGUGGAGAAGAUCUUCCGUAAAUCUGUGGAAUUCUGUAAUGACCAUGAUGUGUGGAAGCUGAAUGUGGCCCAUGUUCUCUUCAUGCAGGAAAACAAAUACAAAGAGGCCAUUGGUUUCUAUGAGCCCAUUGUCAAGAAGAAUUAUGAUAACAUCCUGAAUGUCAGCGCUAUUGUGUUAGCCAACCUCUGUGUCUCCUAUAUUAUGACAAGUCAAAAUGAGGAAGCUGAGGAGCUGAUGAGGAAGAUUGAAAAGGAAGAAGAACAACUCUCCUAUGAUGACCCAGACAAGAAAAUCUACCACCUUUGCAUUGUGAAUUUGGUGAUAGGAACACUUUAUUGUGCCAAGGGAAACUAUGACUUUGGCAUCUCUCGAGUUAUCAAAAGCCUGGAGCCUUACCAUAAAAAGCUGGGAACUGAUACGUGGUAUUAUGCCAAAAGAUGCUUCCUGUCCUUGCUAGAAAACAUGUCAAAGCACAUGAUAGUGCUUUGUGACACUGUUAUUCAAGAAUGUGUCCAGUUUCUAGAGCACUGUGAAAUCUUUGGCAGAAACAUCCCUGCUAUUUUAGAACAGCCCUUGGAGGAAGAGAGAGUGCACAUUGGGAAGAAUACAGUCACGUAUGAGUCCAGACAAUUGAAAGCUUUGAUUUAUGAGAUCAUAGGAUGGAAUACAUAAUAAUUUCUGUUAAUGACUUUUAUUAUAAAAGCUUUAUUAUCUUGG